AUGAUGUCCCAAUCUGUCCGAGCUUCUCGCUCGCUGCUCACCCGUGUCAGCCGCCAGUCCGUCGGUGUUUCAUACCGCACUUUCCUGACUACUGCCACUCGCCGAGCCGAUCCCGUCCAGGACCUCUAUCUCCGCGAACUCCGUGCCUACAAGCCCAAGCCCACCAAGCCUGGUGAUGCCGAAGCACACGUCCAGAAAUUCAGCGCUCCCAAGCCCCCGCCAUCACCAGAGGAGGCCAGCCUCGCCAACGAACUGAAGGAUUACGAGACCCAGACCGUCGAGGUUGAAGGCCAGGCUGCUGCUGGCGAAGAAGCACCCAAGGAAGAGAGCUGGUUCGAAGAGGAUGAGGAGGAAACCGCUGCUGCUCACUAA